AUGAGUAAUUCAGGUGAAUUAGACGAAAUUAAUGAAACAAAAAAACGAUCUGGUCAACCAAGGGAAGAAGUUUGGGAAUAUUUUGAAGAAAAAGGAGAAAGAAUAAAAGGUCAUUGUGGUGGAGUGUGCAAGUUUUGUGGCUGGGAGAAAAGAUUAGCACAACCUAAUGAUAUGAGAGAACAUCUUGCCUUUUAUUGUAAAGAAGUACCUUAUGAAACAAGAAAACAUUAUUUAGAAGUUAUAAAAAAUUAUUCAAUUUUAA